CAUUUUGCUGUUACUUUGGCGCCAAAAGCAAGUUUGAACAUACGCCUCGUCCUCAUCGUUUCUGAGCUUGAACCCGGACGAGAAUGUACGAUUCGCAGGAAGUGGAUUUGGAUUUCGAAGAAGAAGCUGACACUGUCUUCGUCAACGACACCUCAUGCUCCCAGGGCCACCGUUCCUCCUUAAAUCUCCGGACUCAGCUCGGCGGCUCCAUCUGCCUCCUCUGCUUCUCCAACCUAGUCUCAAACCCUCUCUCCCCAACCGUCCACGUGUCCUAUGCUCUCUCCCAGAUCGAACGGUCCCUCUCUCACCCUCCCUUCCUCCUAUCAGUGCUCGCAUUCCACCCUCAGUUCCUCCUCUCUCCUCUCGUCGCUGCCCUCUCCUCCUUCGACGAUGAGCCCAUUGCUGCGCAGAUUAUCCGCCUCAUUGUCAAUCUCUGCGCAUCCAAUGAUCCCUCCGUUCGACAAGAGUUCGUCGGUCGGGUUUUCGAUAGGAUUGCCUCCGGUACUCUGGCCUGGAGCUCCCGUCAGUUGCACAUGAUACACUGCCUUGGGGUUCUUCUGAAUUGUGAAAAUGAUGAUCUAAUAGCACAUAUCAGAGAUGUAUACGGCCUCAUUACCAUUCUUGUUACCGGUCUUCAAUUGCCAAGUGAUGAGAUCCGUGGCGAGAUCCUUUUUGUCCUUUACAAACUGUAUGCUCUUAAGAAUACAUCUACUGAGGGAGAUGACACUGAUAUCUUAGUUCCCUUUUGUCCGACGCUCCUGUACCUAUUGGGAGACGUUCUCAUGAAGUCUCAAAAUGAUGAUGUUCGCUUGAAUUGUAUUGCACUUUUGACUAUGUUGGCUCAAGGACAUUUGCUCAGGGAAGAAGGUGCAUAUGAUACUUGUCACCUUUCUUACUCUGAUGGAGCUGACUCUGAAGAAAACAUUGAGGGAGCCAAGGAGUUAUCUCUGGUUAAUCUGCUUGCAGAAGCCAUCAAAGGUCCACUGCUUUCAUCGAACAGUCAAGUCCAAAUCAGCACUCUGGAUUUACUAUUUCAUUAUCUGUCUUCCAUUGGAACUUUAGACAAUCAGAUUCAUGUCAUGGUAGAAGAAAACAUUGCAGAUUAUGUAUUUGAAGUAUUAAGAUAUUCAGUAUUACAUUAUGUGGCUGAAGUUCCUUUUCACCCAGCUCAAUACCAGACUUUGAAGCUCAUUUAUGAAUGCAUUUCUGAGUGUCCUGGAGCUGUAUCAUCUUCUCAAAUGGAGGAGUUGGUUCUUGUUUUGAUAAAAAUGCUUAAAAAGAAUUCUAAUGGAGAGAUGGGUAUGACUCCUGAUACUUUUAUAAUGGCUUGCUCAGUCUUUGUGGUCCUUAUCAGAUCUCCAUCUUGUAAUGGAGAUUUAGAUCUGCCAAAAUCUGUUGAGGAUGCAGUGAAACAUGCCGCAUUAUCUUGUAUCUGCAUCUCUGAAAGGGACAUUAACCAAAUCUUGCAAUGUCUGUACCUACUUAAAGAGGCAUAUGCAUACAGUCAUGAUGGGAACACCAUCAACUCUAGUAAGCUGACACUUAGAAGCUGCAUUCUAGAUAUAUGUAGAACACAUUUGCUUCCUUGGCUCGUAUCUGGCAUCCAUGAAAUGGAAGAGGAAAUUGUCCUGGCUGUGCUUGAAACUUUUCAUUUGAUACUUUUGCAUUCUAGUAAUGAUGCCAUGGAAUUUGCAGAGUCCCUGAUUUCAUCCAGUUGGUUCAGUUUUUCAUUUGGAUGUUUGGGUUUGUUUACUGGAGAUAGGAUGAAAUAUAGAGUAUAUUUGUUACUCAGCUCCCUUAUAGAUUCUCUCCAGGGAAAUGAUUCUGGACAACCAAUUAGAGAUGCUGCAUUGGACCUACCAUCCGAUCCUGUUGACUUAGUCUUUCUACUUGGGCAGAGGAGAAGUAACAAUUUAAACUUGUCCUCUUGCCAAACUGCUAUUUUGCUGAUUAUGUAUACUCGUACACUAUAUGAUAUAAGAAUUGCUGAUGAGAAGUUGGUUUUAGCUUCCCUUGAACAAUAUAUUCUUCUGAAUGGAAGUGAUUUUCAUGAUCCAACCAAAGAUAACUUGAUAGUGACACAACUGGUAAAUCUGUACGGAUUGUUAAGGGGUCUUGGCAAGAUGAACCACGGAAUUCAUUACAGUCGAGAAGCUGAAGAGAUUCUGUUUCGGCUCAUAAAGAAUGAUGAAUGGGAUUUACUUUCUGGAAGUAUUCACACAGUAUCAUUGAGGUGGUUGUUUCAACAAGAGAAUAUAGUCGAAUCUUUGGGUCAUCAAAUUUUAGCAUUCUGCAGAAGCUACAACUUAGAAGGAGGUGACAUAAUUAUUGGGAACAUUUAUCAAACUAUAGAUGUACAGACGCUUGCAGAGUUAGUAUCUGAAAAAGAUAAUUAUGGAGCUAGACUUUUCAUAUGCUUAUUGGCACAGCUCUUUGAGGAAGAAGGUCAAGAACAUGAUGUGAUUUCGGUUCUAAAUCUUAUGGCAACCUUAAUUCACAUCUGUCCAGCUGCUUCUGACCAGCUAUCUUUGCAUGGAAUAGGGUCAACAAUCAGGACUUGGUGCUAUUCGAGCAAUACCUUCUCAGAAACAACUUUCAUGUCCAUCUUGCUUUUAGUUUUUAACAUUUUGAGUUCAGUGCAUCCUGAAGCACUUUCAGCUGAUCAGAGUUGGAUUGCAGUAACCAUGAAGAUGAUGGAGUAUUUUAUUCCACCAGAAAAUUCUGAUGUUUUAAGUAAUGAAAGUCUCUUUGCAAUUGGUAUUCUUUCCAUGAUUUUGCAUCUUUCCACCAGUAAAGCACUUGAAGAGGCAUCAAAGACUAUUCUUUUCAACACUAGCAUAAUAUCUGUAGUCAAUACUGCAGUCUGUGCUGCUGCAUCAAAGGGACCUGCUUUGGUUGACCAUGAUGAGGGAACAAGCACUGGAGAAACAUUAAUCUUUGUUCUUUUGCUUCAUUACUUCGCUAUUAGAAGUUUGCAUGCCACUGUUCAAGGGGUUGUGGAUUGGCAAAACUUCUUUGUUUUAACAAAUUCAGCAGAACCCCUACCCUUCAUUGGCAUCCACUGCCAUGAUUUGUGCAGAAUUCUGCAUUUUGGUUCUCCUGUGGUCAAGAUUAUUGCUUCUUAUAGCCUGUUAGAGUUGUUUAACAGAGUAUCAAAUCAAAUAAACAAUACACAUGAAGAGUUGAAAUGCUCCGUUGGGUACUUAAUGUCCAUAAAGAGUAUAUUGGAAGGCCUAGUUUUUUAUGAUGACGCGAGAGUGGCUACAAAUUGUGCCGUUUGCCUGUCAAUGCUUCUGAGAUGGGAAAAGCUGGAAAAUCAAACAAAACUACAUGGAAAGAGCAACUGGUGCAGAAUGAUUAUGGAAGAGAUGACAGCGUCUUUGGUAUCUCCUCGUUUAGCAUCUCCGUCACUUGCUAAAACUCAAAGACCUGCCAUACAUAUAGAUACUGUUUAACAAUUCAUGCAUAUCUGGCAUACUUAAUAGCAUUGAUGCAAGUAGUUUGAGCUCGGAAACUCUGGUUUUACUUCACGAACUACUCAAAUCAGACUUCUUAAGUACUGAGCAAACUGCAACUAUAAGUCAAAUGCUCCAGGAAUGCAGAAAGCACAUUUACACAAACUCCGAGUGUCUCCCGUCUGAACCAAUAAAGCAGGUCCUCACCACACCUUAUGAUCUGGGAGACGUUUACAGCUAUCUCAUUGAUUUAAUGUCAUCAGAGACAUACAUAGAUAUGGAUUCAUGGGGAUUUCAUGUGGGUAACAAGAGGCUCUUAGAAGAAAUAGAAUCGUUUUUGAGGACCCUCACUGUAGAUAAUAGAUGCAGAUAGCUUAGGUUUCAAAAUGGUAAGCAUGUUUGGAAUUCCAUUACCAAGUAUCAUAGUGAUUCUAUAUAUAUGUAUUUACCUCAUGAUCGCCAUCUUCAUCAUCAUCAUUGCCCCUCACAUAAUCACACUAACUAGUGUUAGUCCCAAUGCGAGCACAAGCAGCCCUACCUCACUUAUAUACUCUAGGUGCAGGCCCAUGUCUAGGAGGUGGUAGCGGGAUUGCAAGUAUUUGUGGUGCAUGGAGAUGCAUGCCAGCCUGCCUUGGUCCAACAAAAAAAAAAACACAACCUAUUACCUUCAAAGCACUACCUUACAUAGAAGAAAUGAUAAUGGGCAAAGAAAAUGCAUAAACUACCUGGUAUCAUAUCACCAUUUUUCUGCCCAUGUAACGUCCCAUAUUGUUGGAGAGGAAAACAUGUCUUGUAAGAGUGUAAAUACUUUUUUCUUGUUAUACAUUUUAAAUCCGGGAGAAACAACCCGAAAACGGAAAAUAUUACAAGCUGCAGAGCUGAUUGUAAUGUAAUGUAUGAUAAAUCUACAAUUCCUAAACCGCUAGUUACAAGUGUUUUUUUCAACCUCCUAAUCCCAACUGGACAAUAACAAUAAUGCGAGACAUUGAAACUUUUGUUAUCUGUUUUACAUACUCCAUCUCUUUUGUUAUCUGUUUUGUUUUCAUACAAUGAAUGUUACUUGCCACUAUACAUUGAUACUAAAGUAAUAAGGUCAUGAUACGUCCAUGUUUUCCUUUCUCUAUACUCUGGGUGAAGGGAAGAGUAUAUUUCUUCGCAGCUUUUUAGAAAAUGGCCUUUACCAAAUGCAGUAAGAACCAGAGAAUCUGUUUCCAUUUCUACAACUCGGUAAUGAUACCGCAUUCUUCUCCAUGCUUCUAAAGUUCCACUACCAUCAAAGCCGAUUCUGUUUGCAUCGAAUACAAUUCCAACAGUGACUAUAUCAGGCUUCACUCGAUACAUUGGCAAUAGCGAGAGCAAAAUCCUCAAGCUCUUGAAAUCUCUCAUCUUCACAUAAGCCAGCAUGAUGAUAUUGGCAGUGGUAACAUUCUAAUGAACCUUGGCAUCUUGCAUUUCUUGAACAAUUAUAUCCAUACCUUUUCGACUCAGAAGACAUGCAUAAGAUAGGAGGCGAAGACACCAUACAAGGUCAGAUUCACCAAAUGCUAAACGUAAAUCUAAUCCAAGGUCCUCUAACCUAGAAAACAUGUAGUUCUUGAUAUAAACCUCAGCCACUUUUCGUAUCAAAUCAUCAUCUAGACGUGUUUUUGAGUUCAACAAUUUUCUAUAAAACAUUUCCAUCUUUUCAACCAUUCCAAAUGUGGUGUAAGCAUCGAGCAUUGCAAUCAAUGUUGAAGAUUGCAAACGCAUUCUUUUCAAAAUCAUUCUUUGAUAUAAUUUUUCCAUCCUUUCGAGUACCCCACCAUGUGAAUACUCUUGUACAAGUAUAUUAUAAGUGAUAUGAUCAGGAGGACAACCAUCCAACUCCAUCUUUUUCACACACUUACCAAACUCAUCAUACAUUUUAAAUUUACCAUAAGCUCGUAUUAAUCCGUCAUAAGUCUCCGUGUCUGGCUCUAAAUCAAAUUCUUUCAUCUCAUCAAGAAAACACAAAGCUUCGCCAAAUUUACCUUCUCUGGAGAAACCGUGGAUAAUCGGAUUGUAGGUGUCCAAAGAAGGCUUGAGACCAUGAAUUUUCAUCUCUUGCAAUGUAGACAUGGCACCUUCCAUCAUCCCUCCUUCAACUAACAGGGAUAUUAUCUUGUUAUAGUUUAACUCACUAAUCCGGGAUUUCUCAAUGUUCUUC